GCUUAGAGUCCCAAAUCGAGCGAGACCGUCUACAGAAUCCCUUGUAGGAAUCAUGGCUGCUCGGGCUGCCCUCGCUUCUUCGCUCCGGCGCUUCUCCUCUCCGUCGCUUCUUCCAGCGAAGCUCAUCCCACGGCGGUCUCUCUCUUCCGGCGGAGAUCAUCAUGGUCCACCAAGAAUCAACCUUUGGGAUGAUCCUCUUAGCCCAUCUAAAUGGAAGGAAGAGCAUCUUGUGCUUGCCAGCUUAAGUGGCUGGGGUUUAAUAUUCUAUGGAGGAUACAAGUUUUUUUCUGGCGGCAAGAAAGACGAGGCUGCUGCUGCGCCAUCGCCACAGUAAAUCUCUGAGGCCGUUCAAAUUUUAUUUCUAGUUUGGUAAUGCCCAGAAAUAAAAUCAUAAGCAGAAAGCCUCGUUGGACCUGCUCUGUUAUCUACUCUGGAAUUUAUUUUUAUGCUUUUUUAAUGCAUUGAUUUUGAGUUCCCUUUUGCUUCUCUGCCCUGCAUUUCAGUUGAUAUAAUUUCUUA